CGUUGUCGAUUGGACUUUUCAUGAAUUCUGUGCCCAGUAGGCCGUCUAACAGCACCGAAUGUCCCGGCCAUUGGUCUUCAACUGCUUCUGCUGGAGUAACGUAUGUUUCUAGUCAGGCAAAGAAGAGGGCAGCCCUCAGGUCCUCAUCUCAUAGGACCCUUCCACCUCUCCAACCUUCCAGCCUGGGCCCGGGGCUGUCAUUGGUGAAGGAGCCACACCAUGCUGCAGGGAAGGCUGUUCGCCCGCUUCCUCCUACAGCAGAAUGGAGUAAGGCAAUGCUCCUACACAGCUUCCAGGAAGCACUUGUAUAUAAAUAAAGAUACGAGGGUUAUCUGCCAGGGAUUCACUGGGAAGCAGGGUACCUUUCACAGCCAGCAAGCUUUGGAAUAUGGAACCAAGUUAGUUGGUGGAGUCUCACCUGGAAAAGGUGGGAGCACUCAUCUUGGCUUGCCAGUCUUCAACUCUGUGGCAGAGGCCAAGAAAGCCACUGAUGCCACUGCCUCUGUCAUUUAUGUGCCACCUCCAUUUGCUGCUGCUGCAAUCCAUGAAGCUAUAGAAGCAGAAAUAUCCCUGGUAGUGUGUAUUACAGAAGGAAUCCCCCAACAGGACAUGGUGCGGGUCAAACACAGGCUUCUUCGUCAGCCUACAACACGGUUAAUUGGUCCCAACUGUCCUGGAGUCAUUAAUCCUGGCGAAUGUAAAAUUGGAAUCAUGCCUGGGCAUAUUCACAAAAAAGGAAGGAUUGGGAUUGUGUCCAGAUCCGGAACCCUGACCUAUGAAGCUGUGCAUCAGACCACGCAGGUUGGAUUGGGACAGUCGCUGUGCGUCGGUAUUGGCGGUGACCCCUUCAACGGAACCAAUUUCAUCGAUUGCCUUGAUGUCUUCUUGAAUGAUCCUAAAACGGAAGGCAUUAUACUGAUCGGGGAGAUUGGUGGCAGCGCUGAAGAGAAUGCAGCUGAAUUUCUAAGAGUAAACAAUUCUGGUCCUAAUGCCAAACCUGUAGUGUCCUUUAUCGCUGGUCUGACUGCUCCCCCCGGCAGGAGAAUGGGACAUGCUGGAGCCAUUAUUGCUGGGGGAAAAGGAGGUGCUAAGGAGAAAAUUGCAGCUUUGCAGAAAGCUGGUGUCGUUGUUAGUAUGUCCCCUGCCCAGCUGGGCAGCACCAUGCACAAGGAAUUUGAAAAGAGAAAGAUGCUGUAAGUGUGGAAGGAGAUGACGCCUUUUGCACAGAGCACGUCCAACUUAUGCGUAUUCUCUAAAUGACGUCCGUCACCUCCCGUUCCCACUCCGCAGUGUAUUGGACACACCCAAAAUGGCCGGUACCUUGUUUCUUCCUAGUCUCAAAUCUUGGAUGGACCUGUUAAUAUGACUGUACAACCUUCCCAAAUAAAGACUUCCAUUUAUUUUGGAUCCUGA